UUCUUUUGAUCUUGUUCAAGCUUUCGGGACAGAAGGUAUGAAUACAAAGGACUUCACAAGGUUUGGAAAGGGAAGUUGUCAGAAGCCAAGGCUAGUGGAAAUUCUAUAAAAAUCCAGGAAGCACAAGGAUAUGGUAGUGCUUUAUGAUUCAUUACAACUUGCCCAUAAGUGUAUACUGAAUUCCUUCUAUGGUUACGUCAUGCGCAACUGAGUUUGGUGAUUUCCAUUUGGUUUAAUGUAUUAAUUGCAUGGAGCCUGUUGUUACAGUGGCUUCUGUGUUUGUGUUAUCUCUCAAACAUUUAUUUCUUCCAGGGGUGCAAGAUGGUACUCAAUGGAAAUGGCUGGAGUAGUUACGUAUAGAGGAGCAAAAAUAAUUCAGAAUGCUCGCGUAUUGGUUGAAAAAAUUGGAAAACCACUUGAAUUAGAUAGAGAUGGUAUCUGGUGUGUGCUCCCUGGAUCUUUUCCGGGGAACUUUACUUUCAAAACCAACCAAAUUUAAAUGCAUCAUCCAAGGUUUUCUUAAGUGAGCGUGCUGUUCCUGUUGCAAUAUUUGAAACUGAUGCUGAAAUAAUGGUUUCUUUUUGUGCGGAGAUGGUGCAAGUAAUACUCAGAUGUGGGCAUUCGAUCCAUUAUUGACUGGUCUUAUUACAAGCAAAGGCUUAGUUCAGCAAUUCAGAAAGUUAUUACCAUUCCUGCAGCAAUGCUUCAGGUUGCGAAUCCCGUCCCUAGAGGGUAGUACAUCCUGAUUGGCUGCAUAAGAAGGUUCGUGAGAAGGAGGACAAGUUUCGAGAACGCAAAUUACUUGAUAUCUUCAGCUCGUUGAACAGGGAUGAAUUUUUGAAAAAGAAUAGUGAUGCUGCUGGCGCCAAUGGUGUGAUGAAUGAAGAAAUUGUUAAAGACUUGGAGGACUUUGGAAACAACAGCAGAAAAUCUCCUGCAGACUGGGAGGAUAGGGAAUAUAUUGAUGAUCCUAGUGAGGUUAAACCUGAGGGAUAUGAUUCAAUUCCAAAAGAAAUUCCAGACCCAAAAGCUAAAGAGCCUCAUAACUGGGAUGAUGAAGAGAAAUGUGCGUGGAAACCCCCAAAGGUACCUAAUCCAGCGUAUAAAGGACCAUGGAAGCCCAAGAAAAUUAAGAACCCCAAUUAUAAAGGAAAAUGGAAGACUCCUUGGAUUGAUAAUCCAGAGUUUGAAGAUGACCCUGAUGUUUAUGGGCUUAAGCCAAUUAAGUAUGUAGGAAUUGAGGUUUGGCAGGUAAAGGGUGGGUCAGUUUACGACAAUGUUUUGAUCUGUGAUGACCCAGAUUAUGCAACACAAGUUGUGGAAGAAGUAUUUGCAAACAGGGAGAUUGAAAAAGAGGCCUUUGAGGAAGCAGAGAAAGUGAGAAAAGCACGAGAGGAAGAGGAAGCUCAAAGAGCAAGACAAGAAGGUGAAAGGAGGAGAAGAGAGCGGGGUUAUGAUCGACGGUACAGGGAUAGAUAUAAGGACAGAUACAGAAGGAAAUUUCUACUGAACAAACGUGAAAUGGAGUUGUUGAAGUUAGAAAACAAGGUUAGGUUUAUCCUUGCAGUUGUGAAGGGAGAGAUCAUUGUAAGUAAUAGGAAGAGAGCUGCUCUGUUUGUUGACCUGCAAACAAAAGGUUUCACUCCUUUUCCAAAGAAAACUAAAGUUGUUGAGGCAGAAGUUGCUGGUGCAACUGAUGAUACAGAAGAAACAGAAGUGAAAUCUCCUGCUGACAGCAGUAGUAAUGGGGUACAGAUAAGUGAUUAUGAGUAUCUACUGGCCAUGGCAAUUGGAAGCUUGACCAUUGAGAAGGUUCAGGAGUUAUGCGCUGAAAGGGAUAAGGUCAAUAAGGAGGUUGAUGAUUUGAGAAAGGAAACUCCAAAGUCCUUUUGGAGGACAGAUCUUGAUGCUUUGGAGGGGCAACUCGAUGAGCUAGAGAGAAGUGAUGUGAGUCAGAGGAGUUAAGAAAGAAAAUGAGAGGCAAAGCAAGGGGUGAAGCUGCUAUGAAGUCUGCUAGACAAGCACCCAAGAACCCACGGAAGAACAAUAAUAAGAAGGCAAAUAAUGCAGAAUCUGUUGCAGAAGCUGUCUCGUCAUCUGUGGCUGCAAGGGAAAUUGAGAAAGCUCCUGAGGCAGCAAAACCCAAAGACAGAGCAGGCUCUAGGAAAGCUCCUGGUAAGCCAUGGAGACUGAAGUGCCCAAAGUACCAGCCAAGAAGAAAGAACGUCGCAAAAGGGCUGCUGCUGCACAGAAGAAGAAGCCCUUGGCAACUGUUUCGGAGAUAUCUGAUGAUGAUGAUGAUGAUUAAACUGGCUUUAAUGACAUUGAUGAUGAUGAUGAUGAUGAUGAUGAUGAAGAUAGUGAGAUAGAAGUUGUAGCUACUCCAGAAGCGAGGAAAAAGGGCGGGGAAAACUGGCUGCAAAUGCUAAGGCAGUUAAGGCCCCUGCAGCGGCAAAGAAGAGAGGUGCAGCGAAUAAGCAGCAGCCUCAGACAUUGGCCCAGAAGCUUUUAACUGACAUGUUAAAGCCUGCUGAAAAUUCCAGGAUUUCACUGGAGAAGAAAGUGAGAAACAUGAGGGCAUCUCCAUUCAACAAGAAAAGUGGUUCUGUGUUGGGAAGGGUUGGUAAGGUAAAUCAAGUGACUGAAAAUGAAGAAAAUUCGGGUUCUGCUUCUACUUCUGCCAGUACUGAAGAAACUAUUGAAGUUGCACCAGCAAGAGCAAGACCUCAAAGGGUGAACCAAGUUAGAAAACAAGAAAGAGUAUGACAGAAUAUGAUCCGCGUCUUGUGGCUCCAACCUGGUUGUACCUGGCAUCAAAAGCAGCAGAAAGCACAGUGCAGAUGCUGAUGAAAAGUAUGACUCAAUUAACUUGGUGCUAUGGGCCAGGUAGUUGCCCAUCAAAGAGGGUCGCAUGGGCUAGAGAAUUGAUAGACGAAGAAGCAGAACAGUUCCUCAUGCCUCGUUUCAUUGACCCAGAUUCAGAAAGACCUUGGCUUGCCCAAAGAAUGGCCUUGAGGAUACCAUAUUCUGCGUAAACUUAAUGGAAGGAGACCUGCUUAUGCUUCCCAGCAACUAAUAUAAGAGCUGCAUAAUACGUUUUAUUUUUAAGUCUUUGAUUGGUCAAGUUAUGAGAGAAUAGCAUGGUGCCUUUUGAUGUAUGAACUUCCUCUAUACAUUGUUUGGCUUAUAUUUUGUGAACUUGUCCGAUCAACUUGUGUUAAGAUUCUUUCAAAUAGUGUUUGAAAAUUUCCAGACUUCAUUUUCAGCAAUUCGUGACUGAUGGUUUUGUACAAGCAAGAUGGUUUAUCUAAGUGUUUGAAAAACCAGUUUUAAUUUUUAGUCACAAGCAGUGAGCAUUUUAUAGUUGGGCAAUAAUAGGUCUCAUGUUGACCGCCAUGAAGAUCAAAACUAUAAACACAUGGGUUAUGACU